AUGGACUCUGCCACUAGCAGGAAGACUGCGGAAGAGCUGAAACAGGCAGAAAUCAGGAAACAAAUCGCCUUGCUCCAAGCCCAGCUCAGCAACGACAGCACGUCGGAAACGGCAUUGGCCCACCAGCUGCCUUCAUCUCCGAAACGAAAGCGACCAAGCACCAGCGUCCUAGUUCCUGAAACGCCUUCUAAGAAGAAGAAGGUUGCCAGGCAUGAGUCCGAGAGGCAAAGGCAGGCCACACCGGUGGCCAUCCCAUCCUCCGGGAGAGCCGCCCCCGGAUCAGUGCCCAAGGCAGGACCGUCGUUCUUACUGCUACGAGACAGGGCGUCUGCGGCUCCUACCCCGUCUUCGACUGUCUUGCAGAGGCUUGCCAAGGCCCACAAACAGAAGAACGCUUCUUCUGAGCAAGAGGUUGUUGCCACCCGUUCCGCUGCAUUCUCUGCACGACCUCCUCCGCCAGCUCCCGGUGAUCAUCCGACACGAAGAGAAGAGGAUAUGACCGUCAUCGAAGAUCUUCCUCUUGGGCCUGCCGAACACAAGCCUCCUUUCGACGAUCCACGCUUUGAGAGACUGGAGCCUAAUUCUGGCAUACGCCUAUCAUCACGCGUGCUACCUCAUGCAGACUUUCAGGACCACCUUCGAGGACGGUACUAUCUAUCGCCUUCCAAGCUAUACUCAGUCGUCCGCCUGCUCCCAAACAAGCAGGGUUACGACGUCCCCGUGUCGGGUGACUGGGUCACCAUUGCAGUUGUCGCCGAACGCGGCAAGAUGAAGUACACCCAGGCACCCGUCGGCGUCACCCACGACGACAAGCUGAAGCAAGACGGCGACCAGGACAAGAUGGACGAACUCCCGUCUCUCGACACGCCUUCUGCACAGGCUGGGUCGUCUCGCCCGCCCCCAUACCAGAAACGUCAGAAGCGGCCAGAGGAGG